GAAUAUUUUAGUUCUCUUCCACCAAUCCUUCCAGUGAAAGGAAAUUGAAACUCUAACUUGUCUACUGACACUUCUGUCUUUGUGGCCACAGUGAGGAGGAAAACCCAUAUAUGGGUGUGAUGCUUAUUGCAAUUAUAGUGACAGGAACUGCUGUACCAAUCAAAUCAGACCCCAGUUUCAAAGCAUCCAAUCAGAGGUGAGUCUGAAUCUGCUUUUACACUGCACACACGAGUUCACUCCCUCACUAUCACUUCAUCUGAACAGGAACAAUGAUUUCACUCUUUGUAGCUCUUUGUCUCUUUACAUCAGUGAAACCUUCUAACAUCAAGGAGCUUCAGGUGCAGAAAAAAAAGUUUGGAGAAAGUGUUAUUAUAAAAUGUGACUUGUCCGGUGAUAAUGAUUUAAUUUGGUAUAAACAGGAUUUUGGAAAAGUUCCUCAGAUUGUAGUGAGACGAGCUCAGAGCACAUUCAGAUACAGUGAAGGAUUUACAGAUGGACGCUUCAGUAUUAGUGAUAAAAAUCAGUUUAUUCUUACCAUUAAAGACCUGAAAGAAGAGGAUACAGGAACAUAUUUCUGUGCAGAAGUGCUGAAAUCUUCACAAAUCUUUGGAUCUGGAACCCUUUUGAUUGUUGAAGCUGAGGAGAUGAAACGACUUCCUCCGACUGUAACGCUGAUGGAGAACGGAGACUCGCUCACACUCCAGUGUUCAGUACAAGAGUUUACUUCAAGCUGUGGAGACCAGAGUGUGUACUGGUUCAGACACGACUCAGGAGAAUCUCCUCCAGGAAUCGUUUACACUCAUGGAGACGGCAGUGAUGAGUGUAAGAAGAACUCUGAGGCUGGUUCUCCUCCACAGAGCUGUGUCUACACUCUCCCCAAGAGGAAGCUCCAGACCUCUGAUAAGGGAACGUUCUACUGUGCUGUGGCUGCGUGUGGACAAAUCCUCUUUGGGAAUGGAACUGAAGUUAAAGAAGCAGGUUACAGAAGUACUGAUCAGAUGCAUGUGUUCUUGCUGCUCUCCAUUAUUAGAGUUGGAGUUUUUACCCUUAUGCUCAUUAUCUUUACAGUAAUCCUUAUAUUUGUAAAAUUAAGAUGAAAGUAAAGAAUGUAUGAGUGUUAAUUACAGUCUUGUGGUAUUUGAGCUCAGUAUCUUAUCUACUUACAAUGACUCAAAUCAUUUUUAGACACAAACCCAUCACAUGAAUCCAUCACUGCUCAUUGCUUAUCGAGACUGUACAUGGAAUGAGAUUUUUCUACUGUCAAACUAUAUUAUUUAUUUAAACAAAAUAUAAAAGGAAUGUAUAAUGCAGAGAUAAAUCCUUUUAAGUUACCUUUAUUAAAAAAAAAAAAAUUCUAAUUUCAAUGUAUUGGAUCAUAUGUAACAGAAACUGUUUAUUAUAGUAAAUGUUUGUGAAUAAGUGUAUGAUUUGUAAUAAAA